AGGGCGGUGGUUGGUGGUGCUGGUAGGAGCGAUGUCGGGCCGUGGGAAGCAGGGCGGGAAGGCGCGCGCCAAGGCUAAGUCGCGUUCAUCACGAGCCGGGCUGCAGUUCCCCGUGGGCCGCGUGCACCGGCUGCUGCGCAAGGGCAACUACGCGGAGCGGGUGGGCGCCGGCGCCCCGGUGUACCUGGCGGCCGUGCUGGAGUACCUGACGGCCGAGAUCCUGGAGCUGGCGGGCAACGCGGCCCGCGACAACAAGAAGACGCGCAUCAUCCCCCGCCACCUGCAGCUGGCCAUCCGCAACGACGAGGAGCUCAACAAGCUGCUGGGCAAGGUCACCAUCGCGCAGGGUGGGGUGCUGCCCAACAUCCAGGCUGUGCUGCUGCCCAAGAAGACUGACAGCCACAAGGCUAAGGGCAAGUAAAAGCUGAGGAGUGAUCCUAUC